GCAUAAUUCAAAGAUGUCUUUUGGCGGGUUUGGGUUUUCUCAGGGUUGCUAUGACAAAGUGUGGUAUUGUUAGUUAGAUGGAUUUAAUUCACUACACAUUGAAGUGUAAAAAUGUUGUACAGUCAUAUUUGGAUUCCCAUGUAAACAAACAGGAUCUACUUGAUGAUUUUUGUGCACUUGCUUUCCCUGUAAAUAUACUAAAUGAUAGGUCACGAACUGAGACCAUAGUUUCUGUCGUCCAGAAUCGUUCUUCUGAUAAAAGCGCCCUAUUUAUUUUCUCUCGAGCCAAGAAUUUGAUUUCGGAUCAAUCGGAUAUUCCAGCAUUAAUUGAUUUGAUUGUUUUGGAUGAAGACUUCUCUUGUGAGGCAACAAACUCUGGUAUCUGCCUUCUUGUUACUGGAAAGCGAUUGGUCAACAUAUCUGCCGAUGAAAAGAAACGUACAAAUCAACAGCUUAAACUUUAUGUUGUUUCCAAUCGUGACAAUGACUCAUCACAUCCUAAAGUGAAUGACACAAGUGAUAUUGAUUCGGAUAAUGAAAUAUAUUCAAAGAAUCCAGUGUUUCUGAAAAGUCUAAAAAGUAACUACCAGAAACCAAUAGAUAAAGAAAAUAUUCAAUUUUCUAGUGUCAAUUUUACUUUGGAAUUUAAUAAUGUAGAUGAUGCCAUGGAAUUUCGGAAGAAAACUCUUCAUUUGUCUUCCGGAUAUCGAACAAAGUUAUCGGAAUUUAAUUAUGCUAAGUCAUCUAAAGAGCGGACAACCUAUGAGAUGGGUAAAGAAGCUUUAGCUAUUUUGAAUUCCUCUUCUUCUGAACAAACGUUUUGGUUACAAAAAUAUUGGAAACAAAUGGAACAGACAACCACUUCAUCCUCUAUCAUUAAUACACCUCGACCAGGGGUGAAUAUCACUAGUUCUGCUGGAUUAAAUGGCGACAAUAAACAUAAUCGUCAUUUAAGUGGAUCCUUACCACACAGUACUUCUAAUGAUACAUCUAGUAUAAGUGAAACAAUAAAUAUGAAUAGUAGUAGUUGUUCCAGUAUUGGUUCAUUCAAUCAUAGUGUUAAAAUAACACGACAAAAUGAAAUUGAAAAACUACCUACUACUAACGUUGAUGAUAAUAACAAUAAUACUAAUAAUAAUGGUUAUAACAAAACUAAACUAAAACGAUCUGUAAAACAUUCAACGAAACUGCGUCAUUCCCAAUCAUCUUCAAUAUUAUAUCCAUAUACGGCAAAUCAUUUACAUGAUAAUGAUAAUCUACUAUCGAAUCAUUUGAUUGACCGAUCAGUUCCACUUACUCGAAAGAAUUCACCAUCAAAUCAACUAGAUAUGGCUAUUCCCUUGAAUGAUUUACACCGUACAGUCACAUCAGCACAUAGCUGUGCGGAUCUCACGUCCGAUUCUACUGUUCACGAUGAUCAUUUGAGUAAAAAUAAGAAUGAAUAUCUAGAACCACGUGUUUUUCGGGCACGAUUCAAUCAAGCUGGUAAUAUUAUUCAAAGAAAAUUAAUUGAACGUAUGCAUGAAUAUUCUAAGAUUGAAAAAAUUCGCAUUUAUGUCGGUACAUGGAAUGUGAAUGGUCGAAGUGAUACUAAUGGUAAUAUACAAUUGGAUAAAUGGCUUAUAUCACCUAACGGUCAACCACCUGCUGAUAUUUAUGUAUUUGGGUUUCAAGAAAUGGAUUUAAGUUUCAGUGUAAUUACUCUAAAUAAAACUAGCUCUACUGGACCCGAAGAACGAUGGAUUCAACAAUUAGAAGAAGCUUUAGGUGGUUUACUCAAACGACCUUCAUCACAUUCUGUUUGGGCUCAAAGAACAGGUUCUGUAAAAUCAUAUGCUGCUCAAUGGUCUCAUUACACAGGAGGUGGCUAUUUACGAGUGGAACGUGUUCGCCUAGCCGGAAUCAUAAUGAUUGUUUACAUAUCAGCUCGUUUAUCUUCUCAUUUACGUCGUGAAGAAAUCUCUUGUCAAGUUGUACCUACAGGUGUUUUCAACGUGAUGGGUAAUAAAGGUGGUGUUGGCAUUCGAUUGACCAUAUUUAAUUCUUCUUUAUGUUUUGUUAAUUGUCAUUUGGCUGCAGGUGAAGCGAAUCUUGAUCGUCGUAAUCAAGAUUUUCGAGAAAUUACACGUAAAAUGUUAUUUGAAUUUCCAAUGAACUCGAAAAAUCCCAUACAAUCAUCUGAAAAAGCGUUUAUUUCAGAUCAUGACAUUAUAUUCGUAUUUGGUGAUUUAAAUUAUCGUAUUAGUGGCCUGGAUUCACCUAGUGUUCGUAAAUCUAUUUUCGAAAAAGAUUUUUCUUCUUUACUCAAAUAUGAUGAAUUAUUAAAACUUAUGGAGAAUCGUAAUUUAUUUGAUGGUUUUCAUGAACCUAUUAUCAAUUUCGCGCCGACUUACAAAUUCGAUAUGAAUUCUAAUGUUUACGAUUCUAGUGAUAAAAAUCGUGUUCCAUCCUAUUGUGAUCGUAUCAUAUGGUCAGGUGAUGGUUGUGAACCAAUUGUUUAUCGUUCACAUCCAGAAUUUGUUUGCAGUGAUCACAAACCUGUUUCUGCAUACUUUUCAGUUGAUCUGCGUCGUAUAAUACGUUCAGCAUUUCAACGUGCUUAUGAAUCCGUUUUACUCAGUAUAGAUUUAACCACAAAUUUAUCACUUCCACAAGCCGAAUUGGAUAGACAAGAAUUAGAUUUCGGUUAUGUACAUUUCCACGAAUUAUGCAGUCAAUCAUUAACUCUAACUAAUAUUGGCCUUAAUGAUUUUCAAUUUAAAUUUUUACGUGAAGGUGUUGGAUCAUUCCCACCAUGGCUUUCAGUUAACCCAUCAUGUGAUUCCGUGAAACAAGGCAUUUCUAUUAAAUUAGAAUUUCAAAUAUUUGUUAAUUAUAAAGAAGUGUAUGCAUUGAAUAGUGGUACUAUUCAAUUAUCUACAAUUGUUGUAUUACAAUUAGAAGAUGGGAAAGAUUAUUUUAUUUCAAUUAAUGCUCAGUUCAUUCCAACAAGUUUUGGUUUACCAUUAAUUCUAUUAUUGAGUUUAGAAUCAGACCCUGUAAAUAAACUUUCAGUUAAUGAAUUACAAGAUCAGAUAAAGUUGGCUCGUUCAGAAAAUAGUGACUAUUUUAAAACAAAAUUAUGCAGUUUAGUUGAUCGGAACCCAUUUCAUGUUCCUAAAGAAAUCUUUCGUCUUGUAAAUCAUAUAAAUGAAUAUAUAACAGAACCUGAUCUAUUUCGUCAAAUGGGUCCAUCUUCUGACAUUGGUAUAAUACGUGAUAUACUGGAUACAACUCCAGCUAAUUGUCCUUUUCCUGAAACAAUUUCUGUACAUUCAAUUACAUCGUGUUUAUUAUUGUUUUUGAAUACACUCCCGGAAUCUGUGAUACCACAAGAAUUUCAUGAGAAAUGUUUUAAUUCAUUAGCAAAUUUUGAAUCUGCUGUACAGGCUUUACAGCAUCUUCCUAUUUGUAAUCAGAAUUUAUUUUAUUAUUUAAUCACAUUUAUGCAACGUUGUUUGACUUUCAAAGAACAGAAUGGCACAGAUAUCGACCUACUUGCUCCAUGUUUUGGUGAGAUAUUCUUUCUUGAAUCGUCGAACACAACAACAGCUCAGAAAGGUGCUGUUGCAAUGAAACAGCUUAAGCGAGCCGCUUUCAUUAGCAUUUUUCUCCGUCAAAAUUAUUUCAUUUCUAAUCCUUCACUAAUGUCAACAUGUCAACACUAGUUCAUGAUAAUAAUAUUUUUACUUUUUCUAAAACAUAACCUUUGUGUUUUGUCGAUGAUAAAAUUUAUUUUUUGCUUUUCUGUAGUCUCAUCUAUUUUAUUCUUUGUCCAAUCUGAGUUUUGCCUUCUUUCGUAUUUCAAUUUAUUUUGUUCCCUUUUUACAUUACUAUAGUCUUUCUGAAUAAAUAUUACUAACCAUUCCUCGAAAUUCCAUUUCACAAUUCUCAGCGUUUUCCCUGUGUGUACACCUGAACCGUGUUUUUCUAUAAAAAAAUGGAAUAAUACAGGGAAGCCGUACCAAACUGCUGAUAUUUUCUCAUGAAUUAUAUUAUCAUAUUAGUUAUUACAUAAUAAUAGACAAUACUGUAUGAUAAUAUUCUUUCACGUUAGUAAUAAUAGUAUUACUGAUAAAUAAUAAUCUCAUGAUGAAAAGAGGAUUAUUUGUAAUCUCAUUUCUAUUUCUUGUCAAUCUCAACUGAUAUCUAAAUGAACUGACAUUCCAUAAUUUACGAAAGAGGAUGUGUGCAUGUAAUAGAGAAAGUAAGGAGAGUCAAAAUUCUCAUGCCUUGCAUAGAGUGUUUCUUCUGUUGUGUAUGUAUACUGCCUGUUUAUUAUUUUCGCUGAUUUAUUUUUCUUGUUAAAUCCUAGUUCCGUCAUUCAUUAUUAUUGUCCUCUUGUUUAUACGAUAGUGAUCCUUGUUUUCUGCAUAUAGUCAUAUUAAGUAAGAACAACAUCGAAGUGAUGGAAAUAUUUUUCUAGAUAUGAGAUUGACGUGGUAAAACGGGAAAGCUUUGUGAUUCACUUUUAUUGAAUUAUUGUCAUAGAAGAAUAUCUUAUUGAUGAAUUAGACAAAUUGUCUAUUGGUAAAAUUAAGGAACAGAAUACUAGUUGGUAGAUGAUACGCAAUAUUAUGUGUGACCAAGUGAUGGCUAUUGACGGAAAUAAAUUUGAUUUACUUAAGUC